AUGACCUGCUCUGCCGUUGAAAUCGCCCAGUUGCUCUCCUCAACGCCUGAGCUUUUCUUGAAACCGACAACCUCCUUACAUACCGAAUGGGUGACUGCGACAAAGCGAUAUCUUGACCCGCUAGCGUCAGAUAUCACUAAGACACAGAGAAGACGCCUACAGGACAAACGGAAACGGAAAGACGCUGAUGGACUUGGACCGUUCCAUGCCAAAGCUCUACGCCUGCAAGAGAUUCAUGUGAAUGGCUUCACUACGCGCCAGGUCUGGGAACAGGCUAAUAGGGUACUAGAGGCCGCUGCACAGAAUACCGCACAAGAACUUUCUCGCCUUAGAGAAUCGGAGGAGGAAAUUCUGCCUUCCAAGUAUUCCUCGCAUAAAGGGGCACGGGGGAUCCAUCGCGAUGAUAGUCAGCUCGGAAUUACCUCCCAAGACGAUGAAGUCUCUGACGAUUUCACCGGUGACGGUUUGGACAAUUUGAAGAAUGGCGAGAGCUCAGACAGUAACGAGGAUGGCGGGGAACUGAUGACGGAUAAUGCCGGUGAUAGGGAUGAUUCUAUGUCGAUCGACGCUGAGACCCCAGAUCCGCAGUCAAAGAAACCCACGAACUCUACAGGAGCUGACAGUGUCUCAUUUAUCCCUGACCCUAACAAACUUAAUGACGGGUUUUUCUCAAUCGACGAGUUCAACGCGCAGACGGCUCUAUUUGAGAGGAAAGACGUGAAAGGAAUACAGGAUGAUGACGAGGACGACGAUGAGGAAGCCAUCGACUGGGGCGCUGAUCCUCUCAGUCUUGGUGCAUUGGGCGGGGAUGAUAAUGACGAUGAAGAAGAAGAAGAAGAAGAAGAAGAAGAAGAAGAAGAAGAAGAAGAUGAUGAUCACAGAGACAACGCCAGUGAAGGCGGCGAUGCUGAUGCCGGACCUAUGGACGAGGAUGGCGACUUCGACGAAAGCGAACUGGGCUUGGUGGGCGGUAAUGCGAAUGACAUAAAAUACGCUGAUUUUUUCGAUCCUCCUCGUCUCAAAGCUUCCAAGGGACAGCAGCAAAAUGAUACCCAGUCCAAACCUAAAUCACCGACCCCUGAAGAAGACAUCGAGGCUAGCAUAAAACGUGCGAUUUCCGACGUGCAGCGCGACCUUUUCGAUGACGAUGCGUCCGAUGAUGAGGAUUUGGCGGGCAACUCCACUGUGCAGAAAGGAGCCGCUCAAUCCACCCACGAGAAGCGACGAGCUAAGCUGACAGACGAAAUCCGCCGACUGGAAGCCGCCAACGUUUCGAAAAAGGAAUGGAUGCUCUCCGGUGAAGCCAAGGCACCCGAUCGACCUAUCAAUUCGCUGAUAGAAGAGGAACUUGAAUUUGAGCGCGUUGGCAAACCUGUCCCCGUCAUCUCAAACGAAGUUUCCGAUAAUAUCGAAGCGCUGAUCAAGCGACGGAUUCUAGCGAAGGAGUUCGAUGAAGUCCCGCGCCGCCAGCCGUAUCUCAUCCCGGGCAGCGAGGCUAACCUCAAACGCGUACAGUUUACGCUCGAUGAGACGAAGCCACAGCAGAGCUUGGGCGAACUGUACGAGGAAGAUCAUCUUCGGAAAACAGAUUCUGCUUUUGUGGAUCGGAAGAGCGCGAAGGUCAAGGCCGAUCAUGACGAAAUUACCCAGUUGUGGAAUAACAUCAGCUCCCAGCUCGAUGCGUUGUCGAGUUGGAACUAUAGACCCAAGCGCCCGCAGGUGAGCGUUAAUGUAGUCGCGGACGUGGCUACGAUUGCCAUGGAGGAUGUGAGGCCGACGGGUGGCGCUGGCGUAGAUGAGGCUGGCAUUCUCGCGCCGCAGGAAGUUUAUGCGCCUGGCGAUGAGGGCAAGGUACGUGGGGAGACGACGUUGAGGAGCGGAGUGGCUGUGUCGAAGGAGGAGAUGACGCGGGAAGCUAAGCUGAGACGGCGGAGGCGGGAGAAGCAGAAGUUGAAGAAGAGAUCGUCGCAGCAGCGGCCUGCUGGUGAUGGGAAGCAGACGGAGAAGCAGAGGGUUGUGGAUGACUUGAUGAGGAGCGGGGUGAAGGUUAUUGGGAAACAGGGGGAUUUGAAGGAUGUUUACGGGGGCAAGGUGCCUUCCAGUGAAGGCAAGGGGCAGACUGUGCUAAAGUUAUAA